AUGUCAUUACAAUAAGCUCCUUUAGAGUUCUUUGGUCAUCAAUACCUGAGAUAGAUUUUAGUCCUUUCAAUUCUCUCACAUAGAUAGGUUAUUAUCAAGAAUAUUAGAUCUUAAGAGCAGAAUCCAGGCCUUACAGAUUUUGAGAUGUCAUUGCUGAAAUUACUUGAGAAAGUCACAAAUGGAUGCCAAGUCAACAUCAAUAAGACAGGUACUAGAUUGAUCUUUAGACCAGGCAUGAUAGACUGUAAUGAAGGUAUGCCUAUUGAACACAGUUGCCAUCUAGGCAGAAAUAUCACUUACUAUCUAGAAGUAGUUAUUCCAAUCGUGAUUUUUGGAAAAACUGUAUUGAAUAUGACGUUAACUGGAAAUACUGAUGAUAAUAUAGAUCAAUCAAUAGAUAGCUUUAAGUCAACAUGGACACAUCUUAUUAAGCAGUUUGGAGUGCCAGAUGGUUCACUUGAUAUCUAGGUUAAGAAAAGAGGAUACGCUCCAUUAGGAGGAGGUAUUGUAUAAGUGAUGUAGAGAUAUGCAAAGAAACUUGAGAGUGUUAGUAUGGUAGAUGAGGGAAAAGUAAAGAGGAUUAGAGGUUUAUUAACUAGCGCUAAGGUCUCACCACAGCUUACCACCAGAGUGGUAGAUAAGUUGAGAGAAGUCUUUAAUGACUACAUUCCAGAUGUUUGGAUUCAUACAGAUCAUUAUAAGAAAGGUCAAUGUGGUGAUCAGCCAGGUUAUGCUAUUUCAUUAGUAGCAGAGACCACAACUGGCAUGAUUUUCACAAAGGAUUUUAAUUACAAUUCUCAAGACUAUAAAUUACCAGAAGACCUAGGUUAGAGAGCUGCCUUAGCACUUCUAGAUGAAAUAUUCAGCGGUGGAGCAGUAGACUCAUCUAAUCAGUGCUUUGCCCUGUUAUUAAUGGCCUUAGCUUCUUCUGAUAACAUUAGUUCUCUCAAAAUAGGCAGAAUUACUCAAUAAUCUAUAGCAAUGUUGAGGCAUAUCAAAUAAUUCUUCAACGUUCAGUUUAAGAUUACAGAAUGUGAUGAUGAAGUUUACUCAUCUGACAGUGAAGAAGAAGAUGCCAAAGAAAAUGAAGAUAGUCAAAUGAAUGAAAGUGAAUCUGAGAAGAGUGAAAGCGAGUAGAGCGAGAAGUAGACAAAGAAUAAGGAGGAGAAAGAUAUCCCUACUUUUCCAAAGACAUUUAUAUUUUCUUGUAUUGGUGUCGGUCUAACAAAUAUCUCAAGAAAAGCAGAGUGA